GCCGCAAGCACUUUAUAGCUGGCAUUGCGUCGCCUUGUACGUGGCAUGGCGAGUGCGGACGUCCACGAGACGUUCUGGGACGGUGUCCAAGGAGCGAUCGAGAGCUCGCCAAGAGACGCCUUUGAGCUUCUCAAAAGCUACAUGGAGCUGGUCCUGGCACGCCACGACUUUGCCGAUGGCAGCCGCUACAUUGACGCCGCGCUGGAUCUGCUGCGCACCGUCUUUGGUCUGGACGACGCCAACGUUCAAGCCAUGUACGAAGAGCACAUUCUCUGCUGCAACGCGGUGGCCAUGCAGAGUCUCAGCCAAGGGCAGUCGGAGGACGCGCUGCGGCUCCUCACGACCGCCGACCAGCACACGGCGUCGGACGGACCCUUAUACGCAAACGUCGCGACGCGCAAGCGGCUCCGCGCGAUCACGCUCAAUAACUUUGCGUGCUACGCCAAAAAACACGGCCAACUCCACGCCGCGAUCCAGUACCUCGAGAAGACGCUCGCGCUCGAGUCGGCGUCGUCAGGAGCAAAGGCCGAGAACCCGGCGGGAACGCACCUCAAUAUCUGCGCCAUCUUGUCGGCGAUGGGCCGGCAUCUCCGCGCGGCCGACCACGCGCGCUGUGCGGUGGAGCUCCUCUCGCACGAACGCGGUGGCAGACUGGAAGACAAGACGACGCCCGAUAGCCUCCUCGCGAUCGCUUACUUCAACUACGGCGCCGAGCUCGAACACCAGAAGAAAUACGACCUGGCCGCGACGACGUACGCCAAAGGAUACGACGUGGCGCGGGCCGAGCUUGACUCAAAUCAUGCGUUGGUGCACGCGCUGUUGCAGGCUCGAACCGACGCCCAAGACAAGGUGGCCGCUCGAAAGGGGUAUAGCAGCCCCCGCGGGGCCAGUGCGGCCUUAGUGGUGAGCCCCCGGCGCAAGUAGCGACGACAGCAAAAGGACAUGUAAGGGCUCCGCUCAACCACGUUUGGCUAUGAGACAUGAUAAAAAAUAGAAAAAGAUAACUCUUGAUUACCA